CAGAUGUAUUGGUGGUACAUUGCUUUGGUGAUAAUGUAGUAGCAAUUCUGAACGAUAGAGAUAACAGUACAGAAGUGUCUUUGGCUAUGAAGGUUAGCUGCAUGGCAACGGUGACAGCCAAUGACGUGCCGCUUGGCCAGCGAGGCGUCCAGUCAGGCCGGGCCUGGCGCUCGCGGACAUUGAGCGCCCGUCCGCGCGCACUGUCUGUGACACGAGACGAGGCAAGUUAAGCGCUUUCAAGCGGCUCAGCUCAUCAGCCCCCUCUAGCGACAGAGAAAGGAUAUGGCGCCUAGGAGAUCCCGACGAGGAGACCGAAGGAAGGAAGAACGAGACCUUUGCGCCAGCCUGAAAGAGAUCGCUGCUAUGCUCCCCAUCAGUGGCACCAUGCUCACCAAAAAGGAAACACUGGCCCAUGUGCUGCGUUACCUGGACUUCCUCUGGAGCCACAUACAGAAGCUACAAGCUCACCUGCCGUCUCACUGCCUCCCCAAGGCUCAUGACAAAGUGUGUGGGGAUUCUGACUCAAGUGAGAGCAUCCUUUCAGAGACGAAUACAGAACCCUGUAGACCCCCUAACUCCCACCGAGCCCAGCUGAAGCACAGGCGUGGCAGGCCACACAAGCCCCCUCUCAACAUAGAGUUAUGGGCAGAUGUGCAAGACAAGCAAAGGAGACACUACAUGUUGGACACAUAUGAGAGCGUCAGUGAAGACGAUGAUGCCCCUGACAUCCAAUCAGUGAAGAAUGGAUGGAGUGAUUGCGCAGAGUGUCGAUCUGUUUAUCAAGAGACACAAGCAGUGCAGGACAGCGACUCUCUGCCGAGCUCUCUGGACUCAGGAGUCAGUCUCAGCCAGCUGGUAACACAGACGGUUCCACACAGAGGCCAGGGCCUGGAAAAAGAGGCUGAAAAACUUAUUUGUGACCACUGUGAAGCCCACACAGGCAGCGAAGAGGGCAGCUUCCUAGACUCUCAAUUGUCCGGGACUGAAGGAAUUCUCCUGAAGGACCACAUGCUGGGGUCAACCACCUCAGUGCAUAAGAAGCACCCCCCUACCAUAGGGUCUUCACUUGAAUGGACAUCCCCGUUGGCUCUGUUCCCAGUCUCUGACACCCAAGAGAGUCUGAAUCUCAGCCCCUCCCUCCUCAAUUCUCCUGCCCGGGGCGUCACCAGCCUCCUGCUGCCUGAAGGGCAAGAUUACUUGCAAGCGCUAUUUGAAGAUGUCUGGGUCAGCCCCAAAGCCAGCCCUGCCCAAGCUCCCAGCUCGCCGGAACGUUCCCUGGAUGAUCCGGUCCUCCAGCUGAGGAAUGGCGAGGAGCUGGAUUCUCAGAGGGACGACGAAGACUCAAACUGGAGCCCUACACAGCGGGGCCCUUCAUGGAAAAGAAGAUCCACCAUCAGUAGGCGGCCAGGCACCCACUCCAGGUUGAAAAAGAAAUGUGUCAACGGCUUCAUCAUGUUCUGUCGUGUCAACAGGAAGGUUUACUUGCGCUGCCAUCCUGGUACCCCGUCCACUGUGGUCACGAAGGAGCUGGCGAAUCUGUGGCACAUCAUGCCCAAGCAGGAGAGGCGUGUGUACAGCAUGAAGGCUCGCCGCUUCAGCUGCCAGCAGAACCGCAACGUGAAGCUGAAGGGUGAGGUGGAAGGGGAGGAAGAUGUCGUCCCAAGCCCCCUACACACACUGCUGGCUCACAGAGACUACUCUGCAGCCAGAGGAGUGCUCCAAGGGCACCCUCACAUGCUGAGCUGCACAGAGAACAUUUAACUCCCGCUCAGUGUGGAAUUACCCACAAUGCAGUGCCCGUGUAAACGCCAAUACUAAAAUGUGCUGCAGGUGAUGGAGCAAACUGUACUGAGCAGCAGAGAACUCUGUCCAUCAAGCAAUAAUCAUUUUAAACAGUAAAUAUUUUAAAUAAAAAAUGAAAAUAUUGCAGAUAAAAGCAGGUGGCACAUAUUUUAAAAACAAACUAAGUGACCAAUGCCUAGUGCACUAAAAGUACAUGUUUAACCUGUGAAUUUAGUCUGUCAAUCCACGUCUCUCUCUGCCUAAAUGGAAUUUGACUAAAUUCUUAAAACAUUAUUGGAAGAGAAAAGUGGAGGCACAUUUUUCGUGAGACUAAAACUAGGGUGAGUGUUGAGCUUAAGGAUUCUGUGGAGUUGUUUUAGAAUUAUUUGUUAAACUAAUUGAUAUUGUAAUUUAGGGUAGAAGCCAUAGCCCUGCAGUUUUGUGUCUAUGGUACUUCUUUGUAAAUUGUAUUCUUUGUAAAGCUUUAUUUUAUUGUGUUAUUUUUCAAGAAGCAAUGCUGCUCUACUCAGUGCCACUUGCUAGUUAUUUGUAAAUGUUCUCACUGAAAAACACAGUUUGGGAAGAUUCUGUGGAUUUGUCUAUUCUGCAUAAAACACAGUGGUUUAUGUGAUUUUAAUAGUAUCUGAAAUGUUACAAUUUUAUUCGAUAAAAGGUUUUGUUCAAAAAUA